GUGUGACCAGACGUGAACAAGUCACCCGUCACGAUUGCUUUCCCACCAAAAAAGGGAAAACACCCACAAGCACCCACAAUCCAUGGCCUGCCGGAUUGCCUCUUCCACAUCCACCCACACAAUCGCUGUUAUCCGGAUUGCCUAUCGCCUGGACAGCCUUGACAACCUCUGCCUUCUACCUUGUAACAUCCAUUGACAACCUUGUGAUCCUUCCGCGGGACCUCUCGAUAUGGUUUAUGCUAUUGUUUUGGAGCUCGGAUGUGCUGCAUGUCAUUGACGUGCCUCCCUUGUUUGACUUCCGCAGUUCCCGUGAAACAUGGACAUGUUCAAGAGGUUGCAGAGUGUCGAGGACGGGAUUAUUGUUUAGGGCCAGGAAAGGAUAUCGAUGUGAUGAUGCAAAUAGAUGAAAACAGUAAGUUUUCGUCCAUCCUUUCACCUCUUUGACUCUGUUCCAGCCGGAUGCAUCCGAUGUGAGUGCAUGAGGUCGGCCAAGGACGACCUAUACCGCGGAAGAAAGAAUCAACAGUUUCAGCACAAAACGCCACCUACUGAAGAUCCAACAAAUUAGGAAACAUUGCAGAAUGAGUGGCUGUAUAGGCGACUUGUUGACGCGAACACGCGGCUACCCACCUCGUGCAUUGCUAGCGACCUGAACCCGUUCAAGUCAGUAGCAAAACAUACACAAUCGACUUACCAGACUCUUGUUCUCAUUCUUGUGCUCCUCAUGGGUUCCCUUGGAUAUCCUGUUUCUUGCUUUCUUGCACUCUCCAUAUCUGCUCCCUGGAUACCUUUGCAUCGGCAUCGGAUAGGAUCUCUUGUCACUUGCACCUGGUCUGAAUUCAAUAUCCAUGUCUUGUGUGCUGUAUACACGUUGCUGUACAUUCUGCCUUGAGGCAACGAAACACCUCGGGUCGUCCUGCAUGGCACACCUGCAGUACCCUGUUCAGCGCUUAUACUCCACAGACUCACCUUUUCACCAUUUUCCUUUGCCCGAUCGGCGAUGGGUAGGAUACUUAUCCUCGUGGGUCGUAAUGCCAUUGCAUUCAUCACCCUGGGACUCUCUUGUUUCUCCUCUCCAUCGAUGUGCGGCAAUACUCGUAUCGGCCCCUCUGGUGACUGAAGGAGUUUCCUUCUCCAGAUUUUCACCAGGAUCUUCCUCCCCUCCAUUCUCAAGGCUAUCUAUCCCUGCAACUUGCGACUUGCCUAUGUCAGCGCUUAACCUGAACCUUUUCACACACCUUGAUCGCUUUAUCCUUUCAUCGACACACUGGCAGUCGUUCCAGUUUCUGUGCUUCAAGUUGCCGCCGCGCGCGACCCUGUUGGACAAUACAAUCUGGACCUUUGGAGGUGCUUGUGUAAGAGUUGUAUAACUCUGUGUUACCUGGAAUCGCCUUGUGUUACUCAGACUUGCCUUGUUCCUUGUCCAUGCUGACGGACACUUCGACAUAUGGUGCUGUAUUCCCUGCUUCAGUGGUAAGAGGUUCAAGCCCGACGAUCGAAGUUUCGUUCGAUCAUCGACGUGGCAAGUCCAGAUCGUGAUCGUUGGUGUGCUUUCAUCCUCAAUAGGCCUCCAGGUUUCCGUCAGCAUUUCGUCUUGUUGUAAGUCCUCUUUGUACGUAUUGUCCUGCGCCCUUCACUAUAAGGUCCUCGGGUCCGAAGACCGAGGUAGGACUCGCGUUCGUUCCUAUUUUCCUAUUCUGAUAUCAUGAACUCGACCUUAGGUUGUGAAACGUUUAGAUGCUUCGUGAUGGCUUGCCCCUUGUACAAGGGAAUCCCGGACCCGACGUCCGAUCCGAGGGGUGGGCAAACAAUAACUAUGUCUUGUGAUGUCAUCUUGCUUGUUUUUGAUGUUCACCGUUUGAGCCUUCGAGUAUCCUACGAGGACCUCGGCGUACUUCACGUCUCCUGUGUAUAUGUACAAGCAACACGGCUCUUCGUUCCAGUGGUUCCUUCUUCUUAGGUUUUCGGUGAAGGUCUAUCAUGUUAGACUCAUCCGCUGGUAACGCUGUAUGAACUCACCUUCAUCCAUCAUAAGCUUUGACCUAUCAUAAUUGUCAUGUCGAACCUUUAUUGUCUUGAACCCGUUUGUCGUUCUUUUGUUCUUCGAGGAUUUAUAUAUAAGGUCCUUUGAAUGUCG